AUGAUGUUAGACGUGCAGCCGGACGGUUUUGGCCCAAUGGAAGGCGUUGUAGCCCCGCAGCCACGGGAGCCUCAACCAGUAUCGUUCUCUCGUGCUGAAACAGAAGACAUCGCAGAAGCCCAAUCGAGUGAAGCCCGGUUAACCCAUAGAGACUUUAUUGUUGGUGUUGAUUUUGGAACAACUUAUUCAUCCGUCUCGGUUCUCUGCGUUCCGAAAGGUGACGCUGGUGACAUCGCGGUCCGAAAGGACGAAAUCGUCAAUAUUUCGAAUUACCCGAACGCGCCAUCACAUCACAACGAGAGCCGCGUUGACGUGCCCACCGAGUCCUGGUACACAAAAAGAUCGCCAUAUUGCAACCCAGUAUACCAUGAUGAAGUCAACGACGUUGACGCCUCCGACGACGCUGAAGCGUCCGACGACGAAGGUAACAAUAUUGUCGACUCGGAUACUAUGGACAUUGAUGAGGUUGAUGACGAGGAGGACGAGCGUAAGUCAUUGUACUGGGGAUAUGAAGUUCGGCAAGCAAUUAGACAGCACUGCGAACCCAACAAUCUCGCAAGCCCUAUCCACAGGUUUAAGUUGCUUCUUGACAGGGGUGAACUUACCAGAACAAUUCGAGAAGAACUUGCGCCAACCGUGCAAACCCUUAAGGAGCGGAAGAUCAUUAAGGGGGAGAUUGAUCUGAUUGCAGACUUCCUAACAAAAUUGUUUUCCCACACCAAACACCAAAUGCGUCGACAGUACCAAUACGAGGGAACCGAGUCUAUAAAAUUUGUCUUGUGCAUUCCUGCCAUAUGGUCUCAAAAGGCAUGCCGUGUCAUGCAAACGGCAAUGACUACAGCGCUUCAAAGAGUAGAGUUCAUCACGGAAGCUUUUCAUGAUGUUGACAACCUCCUCAUUGUCCAUGAACCGGAAGCGGCAGCAUUUUAUGUGUUGGCAGAAUCUAGAGAUAUUGAGUUGGGCGAAGCGUUUGUCCUCCUCGAUGCCGGUGGCGGGACUGUUGACGCUGUCACGUACAAGGUGACAAGUACCUUACCUCUAAAACUUGAAAGAGAAGCAGGAACCCCAGGUGGCGCCCUCUGUGGGUCCAGCUAUCUUAACGAGAACUUUAGUAGACUGAUCAGGGAUCGUUUGGCCGGUGAAUACUACUUGAUUGACAAUGGAUACCCGGUAGAAAGGAAAAUAGAUUUCAUCCUCGAGGAGUUUGAGAAUAGGGUGAAAAGAACAUUUAACCCUAGAGAAAAACGCAAAAUAGAGGUUUUUAUGUUUGAUGGGCUGAGGGAAAAUACGGAAAAGAAAUUUAGACCGCACGAGAUGCGCGUUGACAUCAACUCCACAGGCAAGGACCCGACUAAACGAUGGCUUCGUCUCUGGGACCUAAGGAAAGACAUGCUGUCGAUUUUCAAUCCGUGUCUCGAACAAAUAUCGCGGCUCAUGCUGCAACAAAUUGAGCAGGCAGAAGCCCAUCAGGUUUUUGUUACGAAAGUGUUACUCAUUGGCGGGUUUGCCGCAUCUCCUGCCCUUGAGUACCAUCUGAGGAAAGAGCUUAGACAGUUCUCCAACAGACGUAACCGUCAAAAGGGACUUACAGCGGAGCAGCUGUGGCCUCUGGUGCUGUACUAUGGGCAAUGA